AUGCUUAAUAAUUUUUUAAAGCUUGGUAUCGUAAACAUUUCAGAACGUGUCAGUACACAGGAUUCAUCAUUGCAUAAUGCAUGUCCUGCAGUUAGACAAUUAGCUAAAUUACGUUGUUCCACUGUGAAACAAUCAACUCCUCAAACUGUUUGGUCAAUUCUUCUACCUGAUGGAUAUAAAGAAUUGUACAGACACAAGUUAUUGCAUAAUAGUAAUAAUGAUAAUAUGAAGAAACCACAUACGGUUAAUCCUAUUUCAUCAAGUGUUGAGGAGUCUACUUUACCGUCUACGCCGGAUUGUUCUUUGUCUGCUGCAACAUCUGGGAAUAAGUCAGAAGAUUGCCCUCCUCCUCCUCUUCCUACUGAUUCCAGUGAAUCGGAGAGUAAAGAACAUACUACUACUACUUCUAGUAAUGAUAAUUUGUCAACUGAAAAAAAUCAAUAUGAUAUGAUGAUUGAACAAGCUAAAUGGACUAUCGAUUGCUUAGAGGCAUCAUUAAAUCCUCGUGGGGUUCGUGAAUCCCGUUUACGUAAAACUAUUGGACAAUUAAGACCAUUACUUAUCAAGGUGAUUGCUAUGUGCCCACCUGAAUUGAUAUAUCCAAUGAUAAAAAGUAACCAAUCAGGAUUCGAUGAAAAGGCAGCAAUGGAUGCACCUCAAAAACCACCUGUUCCUACUAAUAAUAGUAAUGACAAUAAUACUGUUUCUCAAGGAAAGUAUUGCUCUGCACAGAAUACUGAAUCAACUACUCAGGCAAUUAUGUGUUCAUGGUUAGAAACAGCUCUUGUCGGUAUUGGAUAUCGUUUAGGUCGAUUAGAUUUGAUAAAACGCUUACUAUUCGAUGAAUCGUGUAAAUCUAAAAAAGAAUCAAUUGAGAAUAAAACUAAAACUGAACAGAGUGAUGAACAAUUGUGUACAGAAGUCUCAGUAGACAAACCUAAUGAUGGGGAAGAGAAUGCAGCUGUUGCCUCUACAACAGAUGAAGAUUGUGCCACUACUACUACUAAUACUACUUCUACAACUGCUGCUGCUGCUGUUGACAUUCCUGCUAAGCCUUCUCCUUCUUCUUCUGAAUUAACAACAUCCUCAUCGAACAAUUGUGUCGCAGAAAAUAUAAAACGUCUCGCAAAAAUACUCCUUCAUCUAGGCCAUGAUGUUAGUCCAAAAGGAAUUGCAGGACCAUUGGCGAAUGAUGAAAGAACUCUACGUGGUGGAGGACCUCUGACUAGCAUUCCGAGUAAACAAUCCAAUGAUGCAGAAAAUACAAUUUCAGAAAUGAUUCCAUCUUCUGAAACUACUACUACGACUACGACUACUGAUCAGUCUACUCUAACUUCUUCUUCUAAUGCUACAAAUAAUAUUCAAUCAAUAAGAACUACAGGUUGGCAAAGAUGGUGUGCUAGUGUUGAACAAGCUAAUACAACUUCUCAAUUGCAUUUAUUAGCACGUGCUCUUGAACGUGGAGCUCGUCGAGCUACUCUCGGUGGGAGAGGUGUUUCAUCAGCUAUCACCAGUUAUGUUUCACAACAUCCUUUGCCAACUUUAAGGUGUACUUCAUGUCGAGGUCCACCUGAUGUUCUUCCUGUAUCUACUGCUCCUGGAAAUAUAUCUGCAUUUUCUGUUUGCUCUGGUUGUGCAUGUCCAUACCACUUAGAUUGUCUUCUAAAUUCCAAUAGUCGAAGAAUCAGUGCCCGAAGAUCUUCACGGCCUAGAUUGUCAACUGAUCUUGUUAUUAUGAGCACAAAUAAUCCCGCCUUCAAUAAUAUUGAUUUAUCUUUAACUGGCUUCCUAAGUAAUUAUUCCUCACUGUCGAGUAUAACAUCAGCUCGUAUGGAAGUGACAGGUGGUAGUCUUAUCCUGUGUACAUAUUGUCUUCGUUCAGCUGGUCUUCUGUCAUCAUCAUCACCAUCAUCAUCAUCGACUACAACGGCAACAGCAACAACACCAGCGGAUGAUCAUGUUGGAAUAAAAAGUUCAAAUAGUCAAGCAUUUCAAUUAUCUACUACAUUAGUGUAUUCAAAUGAUGAUUUUUGUAUUAAAGAGGAUAUUUCACAGAAAGGAAAACCUAUUGGACGAAAACGUCAUUCUGUUAACAUUGAUGAUCAAGAUCACGAUAAUGAUGGUGAUGGUGAUGAUGAUGCUGAUGAUGACGGUUCAUCCUCAAAUCAUGAAAAUGCUGAUGAAAAGUCAGACGGUAUUCUUGAAAAUACAGAAGAUUCCAACAAUACUGUAAAUAGAUCAAAUCGUCGUAAUGAAAUAAAAACGCUUCAAACCAAUAUACGUACACUGUCAACAGUUGUUGUCAAACGCCCUCGUGGGAGACCAAAACGUGUUCAUCAUAAUCGUGGCCGUGGUCGGGGACGCGGACGUGGACGUGGACGUCCUUCAACAAUUGGAAAAGUUGAUCAUCAUCAUCAUUCCGAUGAUUGUCAUAGCGAUGAUGAUGGUGACGGUGAUGAGGGGGAGGAUGAGGAGGAUGGCAAUCAUGCCGAUGUAACUGACGACAAAUCAUCAAUGGAUGAUAUAUCAUCGAUAAAUAAAUUAUGCGUUACUGUAGAUGUUCAUUAUGAUGAUGAAGUUGAACAACUACUCCUCCAACCGUAUAAUCAACAGAAAAGAUGUAAAGAAAAUACUGAAAACGAUAAUAAUAAUAAUAAUGAUAAUCGAGAUACCUGCAGUCCCCAGAUCACGAAUACCACUGACAGAGGACGACGUUAUAGUGGUCGUGGUCGUCCGCGAAAGUUCCCCAAAUAUAUCCCUAGUCCUUCACCAGACCUAUCUGAUCCAGUUCCUUCGAUAUUCAAUAACAAUGACCAGUUGGAUCAAGCUACUGCAGAACGUUUUAUGUCAGAAUUAUGUAUGAGUAGUUCAGCACGUCCACUUCUUCGAUGUGGACUUGGUCGAAGUGCAGCUCUAACAGAAUUGAAUCAAUCCAAUCAUGAUGAUGAUUGUGAUGGUGAUAGUGGUAAUAUUAAUUCACAGAAUAAUUUGGCUGUCAAUUCUGUAAGUGGUGAACGUUCUGGUACAACAGGCCAUCGAACACGAUCAACAACAUCGUCGUUAACACCUACGGUUGCUGGAGAUCGGAAAUUGUACGCCUUAGAUCUUGUUGGCUUACAAGAGUUAUUAACUCGUGGUGAACUACCUCAGGGUCCAGGACAAGUAGUUCCACAACUCAGACUCCUAUUAUCCCAUUGGUUACGUAGUAAUCGUCCUGGUAGCCGAUUGCAUCAAUGCGCUUCAGAUCUGUUGGAACAAAUGAAUAAAAAGUUGAAAACGCUAAAAUUGAAUACACCUAGUGUAAAUGGUAUUCACAAUAAUAGUAGUAAUAAUAAUCCGAGUAAUAAGAACAAUGAAGACAACAAUAAUAAUAAUCUGGGUAAUAACAAUAAUGUAGAUACUGUCAUGGAUCAGGAGUCGACUACAAGUCAUUAUGGAAAGCGUAGACGACAAUAAACAACCAGCAUUGGUCAUGUACCACCACCACCAUCACCCUCCACGAUGAUGAUGAUGAUGAAAAUCUCCAGUAGUAUUCGUCAUAUAUAUAUUUAUAUUUGUGUGUAAUGAAUGUUUUAUAUGUAUGUGUGAUCUUUUUGUUUUGUUUUAAAUGAAAAUAAGAGUUUACGAAGUUUAUUCCACUCUAUUAUUAUUAUUAUUAUUAUUACUUCAUUACACUUUUUGUACAGUAGUCAGAUUAUUAUGUGAAUGUGUACAAAUUAACUGUCGUUGUUUUUCUUGUUUACUUUUUCGUUUGUUCGUUAAUAUCCCCGAACCCCCGCCCUCUUCCUGUUGUGUCACACACAAAAACGUACACAUGCACACAGUCUGUGUGUGUAUGUGAUCUUAUCACUCAGGCAGUGAAAAGCCAAUGAGCAAAGUAAGCAGGUUAUGUAUUAUCAGAUUGUGGUUGACUGUUUUUACACCGCCGCCCCCCACCUCCUCUCCUACCUUCAUAUAUAUGUACAUGACAACUCCAUAUUCUACUACUACUUUCUGCUUUGAUUUCUCUGUUUUGUAGUUCGUCAUGAUCUUGAUCUUGUCUUCUUCUAUUCCGUCCCCAAUCCACCCAACCUCCACUUUCUUCAUUUUUCUAUUAUCUGUCUGUUUGUCUGUUU